AUGGCGCAGGCGCUUGUCACGCAGGAGGGGAUGUUAAAAGGGACGCGCAGGCCUCCGCUUCCCCUCCUGGAGAAGUGCAAGAGCCAGCAGCUGGAGGAGAAGCCAGGGCCGUCAGGUGCAAGCACCCACGGGGAACCCACCAGAGAUGCCUCCAGCCCUCAGGGGUCUGACUGCAAGCCAUGCUUACAGGAAUUCACUGACCACAGUACCCCUGCUCUGGAGUAUCCCGAUCCCAAAAGCUUCCUCCCAUCCCUGAUCGCUGAGGAUGACACCUUCUGCACCCGCAUGGCUGAAGAAAAGGAGGACUCGUCUUCCACAGAGCUGGAUGUCCCAGCAGCAGACUGGCACAGCAGCACGGAGGAUCUCCUCUCAGACUCUGCUCUCCAUGGCACGGAGUAUUACAGGGAUCUGGGACUCCUGAGCCCACCAAUUACCAAAACAGCACCAGAGACGGCAAUGCAGCCAGAACAAGCAACCCAGGGUGUGUCUGCCAUUUGUUUAUCAGAAGAGAGACCAGGGGCUCUGAGCAAAAUGUCUGUGGAUGUUGCUUUUUCCAAUCCCGUUUCCAGCUCAGUACGUUACGGCGAGGCCGACUGCCAUUUUCUGAACAAAGGCCACAUUUGCUCCUGCGCCGCGGUGCCAGAGGAUGGUACCAGCACUUCUGAAUGUCCUGCAGAGGCAGACAAAGAGCUGGACCUGCAGGAAGCCAAGGAAUCCUUCCCCACACUGGUGAGAUCUAUGUCUACCUCUCGGAGGCACAGCUGGGAGAGCCCUUUAUCACCCGUGGACUGCAAGCGCAGGUUCAGCCUGGAUGCCACAGAGAUGGGCAGCGACCCAGAGCAGGAGGAUGUGGAGAAGGGGAGCCAGUCCUGCCCGCAGCCUCGCGUGUCCCUUCAGCUGCCCAAAGGGGAACUGGAAACCUGGAGCAGCAGUGGGGGUAGUACGGUGAUCAAAGUGGAGAUAGAACCGUUGUGCCCGAUCCUCAUGGUCAGCCCUGGCUUGGAGGAGGCGGAACAUGGCAGCAACAAGAAGAGACUGAGGUCAAAGUCUGUCCCAUCAGCCUGUGAGACAGUUGCCUCCCCUCAGAUACCUUGCCGUUUUGACACUUCUCUUCCAGCCGUGGAAGGCGUUGAACCCCCUGCUCUGGAGAUGCUGGAGAAGGACCACGUGUCCCCAGAUCACGUGCUAAUUGUCCAGCAGGUACUUCACGAGCUGAAACACUAUCAUGGGGCAAAGCAGAGAGCUUGUGUGCAAGAAGGCAGCGAUUCCUCCCAGCAGAAUCUCACCUGGUUUGAGUUCCUGUCUAAUGAAAAUGAGGACAGUGGAAAAAGCGAUAAAGCAGAGAAAGGCACAAAGGUGAUGCGACGUCUGAGUUCCCUGCGGAGCCGUGUCACUGGGUCCUGGCAGAAGGAUAAGGGUAAGAACAAAGAGCAGCCAAAAGAGAAGGAGAAGGAGAUAAAGGAGCCAAAAGAGAGGUGGAAAGAGAUCAAUGGGCACCAGCUUGUGCCAGGGGUUUUCUCCAGUUGCACCAGCUGCUCACUGUGUGCCAAACCUCUUGUGAAUAAAAGUGGUCUGCAGUGCCUGAGUGAGUAUGGCUGUCGCUGUCUGGCUCUGCCCAGCCUGGCUGCAACCCACUCUCCAGCCUCCCCUCCGGCCCAGGCCGGCCGCUCCCCUGCCAAAAUCAGCCUCGUGGAUUGCUUCGCUUUUCUGCCUGGCUUGGCUGUACCCCACCACCCUGCUUGGCCUGGCUUGGUUGUUUCUCCAGAUAGUCUAAAUGAGCUCUAA